AAAAAUCAACGUACUCCGGACAGCUCGUACAACGUCGCAGUGACUCUCCACAAGAGAAGAAUGGGUCAACAGAGCACUCCGCCGGCAGCGAUCAAGACCGUCGCGUGGCUUCCAAUGGGACUCCUGGCCUUGACCUCGUCCCAGGUUGCCACCAUCGCGGCCGAACCGACGUACCCGUGCUUGCGCGGAUGCCUCCGCAAGCGCGGGAAGCUACACACGGCGUUCAAGCAGCGGUCGUUCGUCCUUACAGACCGCGUCUUGACGUAUUCGAAGCGCACGAUCUUUGGCAACGACCAGAUCCAGGGCACAAUUCGGCUGGAUACAGUGUCGAGCGUGCGACCGGCCACCGAGCGCACGCUGGAGCUCGUGACGCCGAUGCGAACGUGGAGCCUUCAAGCAGCAACGGACGCCGAGUACGAGGAUUGGGUCCGCGCGAUCUGCCACUCGGUGCGCUUUGACGUCGUUGACCGGUUCUACCGGCGCAUGCUGCAGCUCGCAGAAGUGAGUGACGCCGCGCUCAACGCCGUACGACUCGUGGUGCUACCCACGUACACGGUGGGCGAGACGAUUGAGCACAUUUUCGAAUGCUUCAAGUGCAAACUCGGCGGUGUGCCACUGCACCCGUACAACGUCAACGAGUACGUGCUCCUGAUUGAUGACAACGACUACUUGGUCGAUUGGAGCCAAUACUUGGAUGGCCACCCGCACGUGCGCGCGUGCUGUGCAACCAAGAAGACACUUUGCCUCACAGUGGUCCCUGCGUCCGACGUGCAUGGCGACGCGGGGCCGAGCUGUGUGGGCUGGUUCUAGGAAGUGACAAGCUGCUAACGAGAAUCGAUUCAUAUUGAUACUGCAAAAUGCAAAGCCUUGAUGACCG